CCAGAAUCUAAAUUAAACUCGAGGAUUGAAAUAGGUUAGAUGCUGAAUUCGUGGGCGUAAAACGUAAUUAUGCGGCUUUUCUUUAUAACUGCUUGAUGAAUUGUGAAUCUAUCAUGCUCUGCAGAAAUGAGCAGGAAAGUGGUGAAUGUGGAUGGAGAGGAAUUCCACAGGAGAGGCAUGAAGUACAACUGGAAAAUGAAGUUGGGUACCUACUUGCCCGACCCACGAUCUCCGAUCAUCAGCUCAAUCCUAUUCACGCCUUUUGUAGAAGAAAGCACAAUCGAGGCCACUACAGCCCGGUCCAUGGCUUGGUUCUCUGCGGCAGUCUCCUCGGGAGCUCCACUCGUCUUUGUCAACAUCCAGACGGAGCAGCUAUGGACUCCAGAUAAAAAUAAUCCAAUAGCAAGGGAAAUAAGUUGGGGUAGGCAACAAACCCUCCCAACGAACUACCACAUAGUGCAAGGAAUAAGGCUAUGGUUCUUGCCAGGGAUUGCAGAAGUCUCUAUAGACAUCAUGCCCAGGCCAGAAGAGACUCGUUUUGGUAUGGACAUCAAACGAACCGAAGAGGGAUUCAUAUGUAUCUACUCGGUGGCAUUGGGGUCUGCAGCAGAGCGUGCUGGGUUAGGCCAUCUGCACGAAGAAGCGAAUGCCAAGGGGCACCUGCUGGUGAUCUCGAGGCUCGAGGGCAAAAGCGUGAUGCCUUCAAACGUGUGCUCCUCUGGGCUCAUUAACUGUUGCGAUCACAAUGACAUAAGAGAUGUCUUGACCCAGGCAAUCGAGAGAACAGAAGGGAUCCAAAUCCACAUCAUGGCUUGGCCGAAUCAGGCCCGCUUGGCUAGUCCUCGAGGGAUGGUUUCCACACUUCAGCCACCCGGUGGCUUUGCUCCUCCUCCUUCAUUGUGAAGAGAUCGUAAAUUUGAAACUGGUUCACUAAAAGACAUUUGCUUUCAAUCGAUAUCUUCUCAUUUGAUACUCCAGUAGCCAUACACAACAUAAACCCUUAUACUUGAUAUAUUCU